UUGGACAAAACAUUGCCCUAGCUUUUGAUUUUCUCAGAACAUUUUCUGCUUUUGAUUUCCUCAAUCUACUCGAGAAGAUGGACCAGUCAUGGCGUGCACGCCCACCGCCUCAAAUGUCAGCUACCGUUUGCCCAAUCUGCUCUCUCGGUCACUUUCCCUUCUGCCCUCCGAUCGCUUUCUCCAAUCAGAAUUCCAUGUUUCAUUCCCAUGGAGUUCAACCCUUUCAAAGACCGCCUUAUGAUCCAACACAGAAUCAUGUCCGACCGCCUUCGUUCAAUACGGGCGGUCAUGGAUUUUCUGAACCGCCUCCUUGGCAAAGAAACCCAAGUGCUGAAUACAUGCAGUAUCAUGUAAAAUCUUCUAAUGAUCUUGAAGGUAGUACUGGGUUCAAGAGAAUGAGGAUGAAUGAUAUCGGAACUGGUUCAUUUACUAAUGAAUGUGGGGAUAACUCACCUCGUAAUGAACGGAAUUUAAGGUUGAUUCGUGAUCAUGGCAGUGCUAGAGAUUUAUCUCACGAGGGGUUAAAUGGUUAUGGUAAGAAUUACUGUAACAUGGAGGGAAAUGAUCUUAGGGAGACUGAAUUUGAUCAGGGUAAUUAUGCAAGAAAAAGGAAAUGCUACUUAAAUAGUUAUGGAGAGGAGCUUGGGAACUCUCUUUAUGAUCAACCUCAACAUUUGUCACAUCGGGCAAACCUGCAGCAUCCUAUGGAGCACAGACAUGAUUAUGAUUCACCAGGGCAUUAUGGGCCAACAAUGGUGAAUAGACAUGAUAUUCGUGCUCCAAUUCAUGCUGGCAGUAUUAAUGAUCAUAAGUAUCAGAACUAUGCUCACCUGCCUCCUCCACCUUCUUCCCCACCACCCCCUCUUCCUCGGGCACCUCUACCAGACCAGCAUUCCAAGGUCCCCUCCCAUCUAUUUCCUGUCGCCUCAGUUCCUGCGUCUCGUUCUUAUGCUCCAAACUCUAAUACACCUUCUUUGGCAAACCCUUACUGCCUUAAUAAACCACACCAAGUUGUAACAGGCUUUUCUGCUGGGGAACCUUAUACAAUAACUAGAGCGUCUAAUAACUCUGUAGGGGAGGUUCGACAUUUCCCCCCUAUCCCUUUGGAUGUGCCAAAAGUGAUUGAUGCAUCUCAUAUUUUUAAGCAACCACAACGAGCAACACGUCCUAGUCGUUUCGUCAUAAUCCUUCGUGGCCUUUCAGGUAGUGGAAAGAGUUAUUUGGCCAAAUUCUUGCGUGAUAUUGAGGUUGAAAAUGGUGGUUCUGCACCAAGAAUUCAUUCCAUGGAUGAUUACUUUGUUACUGAAGUUGAAAAGGUUGAUGAGAGUGAAUUUACAAAAUCUUCUGGCUCAUCCAGAGGAAAGAAAGCCUCUAUGAAGGUCAUGGAGUAUUGCUAUGAGCCUGAAAUGGAAGAGGCCUACAGAUCAAGCAUGCUUAAGGCAUUCAAAAAGACUCUUGAAGAAGGGGGCUUUUCUUUUGUAAUAGUGGAUGACCGCAAUCUGCGGGUAGCCGACUUUGCUCAGUUUUGGGCAACUGCAAAGAGAUCAGGGUAUGAGGUUUACCUUUUGGAAGCUACUUAUAAAGAUCCAGUGGGUUGUGCGGCUCGGAGUGUGCAUGGUUUUAGCCAGGAAGAUGUAAGAAGGAUGGCUGGACAAUGGGAAGAAGCUCCCUCUUAUUACUUGAGAUUGGACAUCAAGUCGUUAUUACGAGGAGAUGAUUUGAAUGACAAUGCGAUUGCUGAGGUAGAUAUGGAUACAGAUGAUGGAGAUUCUAGUGGCCCAUUAACUGGCUCAGAGGCAAACAAUUCUAAGCAAAUGGAAUUAAGUACAACAGAAGGUUCAUCAAACCGGAAUAGGAAAUUGGAAGCUGGAGAAGGCGAUCAAGCCAAAGUGAAAGAAUUGCAAAAGAGUAAGUGGUCAGAGGAUUUGGAUGAAUUUGAUGCCAAGCAAAUUCAAGCAACAAAGGGAAACAUUGAUAUUCCUUCUAGAUUGAUGAGAGCAUACACCAAAGGAAGUAAAUCAGUGCACUGGGGGGACCAGGUUGCCAUUACUGGCUUUUCAAUAGGUGGGAUGAAAAGAUAUAAUUUGUCGUUAGUUGUUGGUCCGGGUGCUGGAUAUAAUUUGAAAUCCAAUCCCUUAGCGGAAGAUCAUACUGCCACAUCAAAUAGCAGCAAAGUAAAGAGGCAGCAGAGUGUAUUUCAAGAGCAAAUGCGUGCAGAACGCGAAUCUUUCAAGGCUGUUUUCGAUAAGAGGCGACAUAGAAUUGGAGGAUUGUGUGUGGAGGACUAAGAUUUUUUUUGUACCAUUUACUAUGUGCUAUAUUUGAUUGUAUGCGGUUUUGUGAGAAAUUAUUAUGAAAUGAUGAAGACGCAAUUAUAGGAUUACAUACCAAUAGUUGUAUGAGUAUCUCGAUCAUCACGAGAUUACAGAAGAUAUUCAUCUGUAUAUUCAUUGAGAAUAUAACCAUGUUUCCAUUA